AUGCUCCAAUUAACGUUCCAAUCAGUAUUUUGUCCCUUCUCUCCCCCGCUCAACCCCCACCCCUUAAACACAGACCAAAAUCAAAACCCUCUAGAACUCUGCCCCGUCUCGGAAGCACUCGGCGGAACCGACGGACUGCGCUCGCGAACCCGACGCCACAGAGAAACAGACGCUUCCAAAUUCCCACCGCGACCCCAGCCCGGAGUCUCCUUUCCACUCGAUUGCCGCCGCCGCCAAGGGAGGUGCCUUGCGGCGCCAACCAAUCGUGUGCAAGGAUCAUUUCCUCGGGCUGCAAUCCGACCAAUGGCAGAACUCGGUGUUGAGAGGUCCAGUGACGAGCCAAGAUGGCUGCGCCCAUGUACUACCCGUAGCAGUUGUUGA